AUGGCCGAACAUUGGGUAAAGCAGACCAACAGAAUACUAAGAACCAUGGGAUGCCCGAACCACCUCAAAGUUUCUUUAGCUACAUUUAAGUUCGAAGGAGAGGCAGUCAAUUGGUGGGAGACAACAGAAAGGGCAAUCCCUGAGGACCGUGCCUGGCACUGGGAAGACUUCGAGAGGAGGUUCUUUGAGAAGUACUUUCCAAGAUCAUACCGAGACGAAAAGAUGUCUGAGUUCCUGAAGCUCACUCAAGGCGAGAUGACUAUCGCGCACUAUGCCGACGCAAUCGACAAGGCAACUCGAGCCGAAAAUGACGACGAUCGUAAAUCAUGGGCCAGGUUACAGCAACAUGAGGCCGAGAAGAGGCUCAGAACAAACCCUGUGAUGCCACCAAUAUCGGACAAAAGACUGAGGAUUGCCUCGCAACAAGCUGGAACCACCGAAGACAAGAAGUCACGAGACAGUCGCCCAAGAUGCAGCUACUGCCAGAAGUUGGGACACGAUAUAAAGAACUGCUAUAAGAAAAUGAGGGAUGAAGGGUGCCCUGUUCCAUCGCAGAAGCAACCGUUUGGCCCAAGCGCACCUCAAAAAUCCCAAGGGCGUCUGUACGCCAUGAGGUCACCAGAAGACGCAGACACUACCUCAGGACUAAUAGAAGGUACGGCUACUAUCCAAGACAUCCCCAUUGUACUUUUAUUUGAUUGCGGAGCUACCAUGUCUUUUAUCUCAAGUUCAAUAGUAGAACGGUUAAAUUUGGAAUUAAAGCGCACAAAGGAGACAAUUAUUAUGGCGUUGUCUUUAGGGAAGGUAGUGGAAUUAAGCAAAUAUUGCGAAAACUGCCCCAUCACUAUCGCAGGCCUCGUAAUACCUGUUAACCUAGUGAUAACAAACAUGAAAUGCUUUGACGUGAUCCUUGGGAUGGACUGGAUGGACGAAACUAGGGCAACCAUAGAGAUUAGGGCCAGAAGGAUCACCUUCACCGCAGCAGGGCGAUCCCCCAUCACAAUACAAGGAAGAAAGAGGGAGGCGCCCUUAAAACGAAUAAUGAGCUUGGAAGAAGUAUUCGUGGAACAAAUUCCAGUGGUCAGAGAAUUCACCAGGGUAUUCCAGGAGAUACCUGGACUGCCUCCCGGGAGGGAAGUAGACUUCGGUAUCGACCUAAUGCCUGGAACAGCCCCAAUUGCCCUAGCCGCCUUUCGUAUGACACCGGUCGAAUUGGCAGAACUUAAGAAGCAGUUAGAGGAGCUCUUGAAUCAUGGGUUUAUUCGACCAAGUGUUUCUCCUUGGGGCGCACUAGUGCUAUUCGUCAAGAAGAAAGACGGAUCCCUGAGAUUGUGCAUUGACUAUCAUCACAUAAAUCAUCAACAGUGA